AUGCUUUACUUUCAGCUGGUCAUCAUGGCAGGGACGGUCAUGCUGGCCUAUUACUUUGAGUACACGGACACGUUCAACGUACACGUUCAGGGCUUUUUCUGCCACGACAGCGCGUACACGAAGCCGUACCUCGGACCGGAAGAAUCGAGCGCGAUCCCGCCGGUGCUCCUGUACGCGGUGGUGUCCGGUGUGCCCGCGCUGGUGAUCACAGGAAUGGAGUCUGUGCUUUUCCUGCUUCAGUACAUCUCUGAAGAUCUGGACAACAGGGAGAAGAUCAUAGUGAUGGGCGACUGCUGUUACCUGAACCCCCUUGUGCGCAGGACAUUCCGCUUUCUUGGUGUGUAUGCAUUUGGCCUCUUCGCUACAGAUAUCUUCGUGAAUGCUGGUCAGGUGGUGACAGGGAAUCUAUCCCCUUACUUCCUGACUGUGUGUAAACCCAACUACACGGCUCUGGGCUGUCAACAAGGCGUCCGCUUUAUCAGCCAACAGGGAGCCUGCACAGGGAACGGCGAUGACAUCCUACAUGCACGAAAAUCUUUUCCUUCUAAAGAGGCGGCUCUCAGUGUCUACGCCGCACUUUACAUCGCUAUGUACAUCACAUGCUCAGUGAAGUCCAAAGGCACACGUCUGGCCAAGCCUGUUGUCUCUCUGGGCCUCAUGUGCCUGGCUUUUCUGACCGGAAUAAACCGUGUGGUGGAAUAUCGGAAUCACUGGAGCGAUGUCAUCACUGGCUUCAUCAUCGGAGCGGCCAUCGCUAUCUUCAUGGUGGUUUGUGUAGUGAAGAACUUCAAAGGAAGAUCUCUCCUGAAUGAGAUACCACCUGAGGAGAAUGUUUCCAGCUCUCCCAUGCUUGGAGAACCCAGGAUGGAGAAAUACAUUGUCUCACAGAUGGCCAACUCCGUGUCGUGCAGCCAUGCCCUCGUCUCUGGUCCUAAGUCAAAGAGGCUAGCUUCUGAGGUCUGUUCAGGUUCGCCACACUCGCAUGCCGCACUGUCUGAUAGGCCCCACUUCUUCAGAGAUGACUUGAAGCGGCUGACCCCAGAGCAUAGACGGUUCAGCGAGGUCCACAGGUGGCGUUGCAGGUAUUCUCCUUUUACACCACCUCCUGGGUCCCUGAUGCAUCGUUGGAUGCAGGAGGGCCCAGCCGUCUCCCACGUCUAUUUCCAGGAUGCUGCCAGCCAGGCAUCUCUGGACAAGUCCUCAGGGAUAGACUUUAGCAUCUCUUGUGCUGCCUUGUUGUAG